UUCUUAUAUUUCAAUCUUUGCACAAUAAGAAAAGGAUAAAAGGAGUUUAUCUUCUGUAAUAUACAGCAGGAAUAGUUUUUUUUUAAGAAAAGAAAAAAAGUACGAGAUCAUUGUGGGAAAAGGCUUGAGAGAAGAAACAUGGCAUCCUACUUUUUGCUUUUCUCCUUCUUCUUGAGUAUCAACCUACUUAUAACAGUUUCUGCAAAAUCGGUCGUCGUCUCUGAUGUUCCUGUUGAAGCGGUCACCAAUGUUAGUCAGAAUGGCAUCUCCGAUGAGUUACUCCGUCUCCGAACCGAUAUAAUCACUUGUGAUUGUGGAUCAGGUUCCAUCGCGUGUGUUAUUAUAAACGGUAAAAAAUUGUGUGGUUGCGAACCGGGAAAAACUCAAAUAGGUGAAGCAUGCCACACACCUGUUCCCUAUGGAUGGAAAAUAGCCACGAUCAUUAUAGCUGUAAUCUUCGGUAUCACCCUUGUAGGAAUGGGUGUCUUCAUUUUUAAAAGGUAUUGACUAACAGUCGGAUUAAAAUAAUUAACGAUGAAUUUCG